UUACCUCCCCCUAUUCACUCAACCAUCAAUAUAUUAUUCUCUCUCAUCGAAGCUUUUGAAUAUUAACAUUUCCCGAGAAAAAAAUGUCAGGGCGAGGAAAGGGAGGAAAAGGAUUGGGAAAGGGAGGAGCCAAGAGGCAUCGGAAAGUUCUCCGAGACAACAUCCAAGGAAUCACCAAACCAGCGAUCCGUCGUCUAGCGAGAAGAGGAGGUGUGAAGCGUAUCAGCGGUUUGAUCUACGAAGAGACUCGCGGCGUUCUCAAGAUCUUUCUAGAGAACGUGAUUCGCGACGCCGUUACGUACACGGAGCACGCUCGCCGAAAAACAGUCACGGCCAUGGACGUUGUCUACGCCCUCAAGAGGCAGGGUCGGACUCUGUAUGGAUUCGGCGGUUGAUUCGAUUGUUUCAGUUUCAGAUCUUGUAAAAUCUUUUUCAGAAUCAAUGGGAAAAUAUGCAUCUUUUUCCGAACAAUCUUGGUCUUGUUUCCGCAUUUAAUUAUAGUAAACUGAAAGGACUCGAGUUCGAACA